AUGAAUUCAUCAAAUGAUGAAUCAAACAAACUCGAUACUGCCUUGUGCUUGACUUCCGACGACGAACAAAUAGAUUUACAAGAAUUUUUAGAUUUUCUUAUAUUAGCUUAUAGGAUAAAUGAUAUCCUAACUUCGGAUAAAGAUAAAAACCUACACGAUUCCUGUAUCGAUUGGACUGAAUUAUCUCGUAAUAAUUUGUUUUUACGGUUAUCGGAUAAAAAUUACGACGUUGCAAAAGACGAGGUACGAAAACUAAUAAUGCGCGGUACUAGUAUUGAACGUGUACAAUGUGUUCUUAAACACAAGCUCAAAGAGAUAAUGAACGAGGGAAUUCUGGAUUCCGUUCUUCCGUUUAUAGUUAAGAAAACAUUGAUCACAAAUGUUUUAAAGACAUUUGAAUCAAUCGGAUCCAAAAUUAGUAAUAAUCCUUUAAACAAAGAUAAAAUGUGUUCAAAAUUAAAAUGUAAUACGACUGACAAUGCCAUCAUCAGAUCUAAAGGAGAGUAAGUGACUAAUAUCAUUAUAUUACAUAGUCGUUUCACUAAUAAAAAAAUAUUAAACAAAUUUGAAUAGUACCGAGAUUGAGAUAAACGUGUGCGACGCAGUUCAAAAAAUAAAAAAAGUUUUCCGGUGUCCUAAACGGCUUCUCAUUUCCAAAAUGGGUUAUUUUUCUGAGGUCACCAAAGGUAACCAAAUAAAAUAUAUACUUUUUUUUCUAUUCUCAUCGUGUUUGUAUAAAACAAUUAUGUUUUAGGUCAACGUUUGGAAGAUAUCGAUAUAUCAGUGCAUUGUGAAAUACCUAUAUUUGACUGGUUAAUUAAGUGGGUCAAGAAGGAUUUGAAACCAAAGAACGAAUGGCCAUCUUUAGGUAGGUGUACCUUUAUUUUAAUAAAGAACUUCAACGUUGAACCUCAUUUAGUCAAAAGGCAAGAUGCGUAACACCGUUUUCAUACUGGAAAAAAAUCUUUAUGCAUUUGUGAAAUCAUUAUGAUUUUUAUAUCACACGUAGAAGCUAAGUGCUUAUACUUACAUUUCAGGAUCUUCAAUGAUUUUUGGAAACUAAUUAUACGUGUUUGUCAACUUUAACAGUUUUAUCAAGUGAAAUUAAGAUUCAAAAUUUCCUGAUUUAAAAUACGAUUUGAAAUAGUAUUAAUUUAUUUACAUACCUUCUUUAGUUUUAAGUUUUAAGCUAAAUAUCAAUAAUUUCAGAAAUAGGUGAAGCAAAUGGCGAUAUAACUCUCGAAAUUUGAAUAUAUUAUGUAUUAGAUGUGAUAUAAAACUUCUCUACAUUUUAAAUGUCAUGCAUUUAAUGAAGUUAUUUAGUCCCCUUAUUUUAUUAUAAUAUGAAUACUGUCAUAAUCAUAUUAAAUAGCAUUAAAAUAAUAUACAACUGGACUUUGGUCCAUUCAGGAAAUAAUACUGUAUACAACAAAAUUAUGUUAACAUGAAUUUUCGAUAUGACAUGUAUUGGGCUGAACAGUAUUAUAAAGCUAGUUUUAUUAACAUUAUGCUUACUAUACCAAAUAUAAUAUUUAUCGAAUAAAAUCGAAUUUAAUUUUAUAUUAAAAUUCUUAAAAAAGAAUGAUAGGAAUGAUACGUGCCUAAUAUUUGUUGUGAAUUUAAAUUAGAUUGUAUUUAAGAUAUAUUAUAUUUUAUUACACAACGGGAAUUUUUUUAGAAUUUACAUAUUUUUUUCUUCAAAUAAUAGCAACUAGUCAAUAAUAAACCAUUUUAAUUUAGAAUAGGAAAAAUAAUAUACCUACCGUUUAUACAAUUUAUACACUACACAAUUUAUAACUACACAUUUCUAUAGAAAAAUAAUUAGGUAACUAUACAGAAAUUAAAAAAAAAAUUAUGACCCAAUCAAAAUUCAAAAGUUUACCGAGCACUGAAAUAAUAUUAGUAAACUACGUUCAUAGCGACUUCAUUAUGUAAAACUGAUUUGUCGAUUAUUACUACAAUUUUUUUUUAAAGUCAAAUAGGUAAUUUACUAGCUUUUUGUUUUAACUAGGCACGGUUAUCACCAAUAAAUAAUGUUAAACUAUUACUUAUAAGUAAUGAAUUCAAUUGUUAUUUUCAUUGAUUGCUUUAAAAAUAAAUUGCUACCUUCUGUUACUAAUUACAAUAGCGUUAUGAAAAAACUCCGGAAAAUCUCACUAGAAGCGAAGACCAUCCAUAGCUACCAUAAUUAUGAGCCAAGGAAUUUUCAACGCUACCAUGUUGACGUUAGUUGUUUUCGGCACCUGUCGUUCUGGUGAUAAAGUCAAAAUACUUAGUAAUUUUAGUAUAAAAUAAUAUGUGAUUUAUAUUCAAAUAUUUAUAAUGUGUUAAAAAUAAAAUUUAGUAUUAAUAAUAAUAAAAAACUGAUACUGCUGAUGAGUAUUUUGGUAUGCAUAACUUUCAAGUUUACCAUUUAUGAAUUAUAACCGUUUAAAGUUUAGACCGGAAGUUUAUUGCUUUUCCCUACUCUUCUGGUCUAAACUUUAAUCGAUUGUAACUCAUAAACAGUAAUUCUGAAUGUUAUGCAUACCAAAAUUUUUAAAACAAAAUAUUCUCUAUUCGAAUCUGUGUUUAAAAUGGGGGUUCCUAUUUGAAAAAUAAAAGUAUGUACCUAUAGGUAAAUACAGUAAGGAUAAAAAUUCAAAAUGGGUUUAAAAUAAAACUUAAGCAACUCCACAAUGAUUAAAAACAAAUAGUGUUGUUAAAAGUCCAAAAUUUCAUUUUUUUUUAUUUAUCAUGUGAUUUUUUCCUUUGGAUUUUUAUAAUUGGAUAAUAUUUCAAUAUUAUACGUUAGUUAUAAGUUUAUUAUCUAUAUGUGUAUAGUUGUUAAGUAUAUUUUUACUAAAUUUUAAUUUAAUAUUUUCUAUUCUACAUUUUUUUUUAUAUUGUUUAUACUUUAUUAUAAACAUUUGACGAUAAAUUACAUAUUAUUUUAUACUAAAAUGACCAAUGAAAAUAAUUUUCACCAUAGUAUAUAUUAUUUAUAUUUAGGAAAUGUUUGAUAAGAAUAUUUGAUUUCUACCCGUACAUGAAAUAUUGAAAACGUACAAAUACCCUUGCAUAGCUAUUGAGUCAUUGAAGAAUAUUUUUUCAUUUUUCAGAUAAUGGAAAUGUAGUACCGAUUUUAGUUUCUGCGUCAUUUCUUCAAAUGGAACCAUUAUUUCAAGAAUGUUUACUAUUUUGUAAACAAAAUAUUAAUGAUGUUUUAUCGUCUUCGGCGAGUUUCGGUUGUGUUAACGACGGAGUAAUUACAAGGUUUGUAAGUAAAUUUACAUCGUUAGUUUGAUCGUAAUUUGGUUUUAAAACGGGCAAAUGGUUUUUUUCCUUAUUUUUUAGGCUAUCAAAUCAAUUUAACAAUCAAGAUAUUGAAAAUAUUAUUGACAUGAAAGAUAAGUUGAAAUCUCGUUUGUUUACGAAGUUAAUAUUGGAUUUAUGCAAAAGAAACCCAAAACGUGAACUAGGUCAUUAUAGUACAUUAGCUUAUGCAUACCAGUAAGUUAAAUUAAUACGUUUAUAUUGUUUCUAAUAAUUUGGUUUCUUUUCAAAAUUUAUUUGUAUGCAUUAUCAGAAACAAAAAUCAUAUUUUUAUAUUAUACAUUAUUAAAUUUAAAGUUCAAUGUAUUUUAAGUGAGUGAACUGAUUCAAAUUUUAAUUGGCUAUUAAUGAAUUUGAAUAGGUACCUUGUCAUUUAUUAAUAUUAAUAACACACACAUAACAUUAACUUGCCAUUACAUCAUUAUUACAUUUAAUGUUCGUUCAAUCAAAAAUACCUUGUUCUUUUAAAAAAAAAUAAUCUUAUUUAAUACGAAUAAUUUGAUUAUUCAUCCUAUGUUUAGUUGUUAACAGUGUACAUUUUAAAAUACGAUUCGAAGUAUUUUUGUAAUGGUGUAACGUUAAUUAAAAGUAGAGUUCAUAAUUUAUUAUAACAAAAUAAUAGUAAUUGUUAUUAUAAUAGGUACCUACCUACGCUGAUAAACUUUGUUAUAAUUUCCGGUAUAGGUAGGUAGACUUUUCCAUUUCACGUUUUAGUUUAUUAUACGAAAAUAUAGUUUCGAUAUAUUUAUUACAAUAUAAUAUCGUUAUAUCAUAUUUUACAAAGUUGUAUAUAAUAUACACUAUAUUAUCAUAAUAUAUUAUGUUAAAUUAAAAUUGUUCAUAGAUAAUAAUAGAUAAUAUUUGUGAUUCUAAUUUUCUAUUACUUUUAUCUCAAAUGUAAUAAAAAGAUUGAUGUUAUUAAAAACAAUUUGUCUGAUAAUAUUGUAAUUACGAUAUUUAUUUAAUUUUCUAUAAAUAAUUUAUUUAUUUAUAAUUAUAUAUACGUACGUUUGAAACAAAUACACUGUCUCACCGCGUUAUGUUAUGUUCCAUUUUUCAUCUUUAAUUAAAUCGUAAGUUCAAAUUCAAUUUACAUAAAAUAUUAAGAAAAAUAAGGACUAAAAAUUAAUUAUCAUAUUAUUUUAUUUUGAGUUUUUAAAAAAUGUACAAUUUGUAUGGUCCUUUUACACUGAACUGAUAUCCGAAACACAAUAUAAACAUUGUAGGUAUAGAGAAAUGUUAUUCAUAUAUAGUGAGAAACCUUAGAUCUCAAUAUUUUAUUGAUAAAAGAUCUGCAGUUCUUUCCUUUUUUAAAAAAUGUAUGGUUAAUAAUUAAUUCACAAUUAAUCAUAAUUAUUAUGAUCAAUAAUGCGAUAUUAUAUUAAUCUAUGUCAAUUGAGUUGCCUAUUCAAAAGGAAGAAUAACAAAUAAGACAAAUAAUAAUAAUUUUAUUUUAUAAUAUUGGUCAAUAUUAUUUCAUAUUUGGUUAUAAGUAUUAUCAAAAUAAAUUAUUCUUUAAUUUAUUAAAAAAUAUACACAUCUUGUACUUUUUGUUACUUAAAUGAUUAAUAAUCUCUUUAAAUUUAGUUAAAAAUAUGGGUUACCAUUUGCUUUUAUACCUAGGGUUGUUCCUUUUUCCAUGAUCGAUUAUUCUUUUAAUUAAUUAACCGAAAAGAUCAAUUAAUUAAUUAUUUGAAAAAGUGAUUAAUUUUUAAUCGUUUUGUAUUAAUUAUUUUUUGUAAAUAAUCAACAACUGCAUCGCAAGUACACAAUCACAACUUCAAAAAAUUAAUUUUAUAAAAUAAUCUGAUUAUUACAAUCAUUAUGGUUAAAUAAAAGUGAAUCAAAAAAAAAAUAUUUUAAAUAAAACAAGCCAUUUUUUAUAAAAUAUGAAUAUGAUAUAUAGCUAAUAUUAAUAAUUAUAAUACAAUUUAUAUUUUUUCAUUUAAAUAGACACCAAUUUGUUGACGCAGAUAUUGCUUAUAAAAUUAUUAUUCCGUGAUUUUAACGUUAUUUAACAUAACCCCAAAAACAUAUAAUUGUCUGCGCUCAAUUAUACAGCGGCAACAUUUUAAAUAUGUUUGCAUAAUUAAACAGAACCUUGAUGAGGUAGAGUUGUUCGAAUAUAUCUUCCAAAAACGUGAACUCUUUAAUUAUUUUGUAAUCAACAGUAUCACUAUUAACAGUAUCUGAUAUCUGAAAUGUAAUAUUUCAGUAAAUUUAUUCAGUAUAAUAUGUACUGAUAAAAAAAGUUAUUAAAAUGUUUAGGUUUUUGUGUCUAAAUAUAGAAAAUUAAUUAUCGAUUAAUUGAACACCCCUAUUUAAACUUACAACUUGUAUAAUUAGUAACAAUUAAUACUAAUGAGGGUACAAUUUAAAUCCUAAGAUACGAAAUUAAUACAAUUUAAGCAUAGUAAAAAAUGUAUAUUAAAAAAAAAAAAUGCUUGUUAAUAUUAAAUCAUUGAUAUUUUAUUUUUUAGCUAUUUGGAGUCCUAUGAAGUUUAUACUCGGGGCUAUUUUAAUAUAAACUAAUGUUAUAUUUCUUUUUAGUUACAGUAAUUAAAAUGUCUAUGCAUACAUAUUAAUAUUUGUCAAGGUAUUUCGAAAGCAGAUUUCAAAGUCAUUUAAUCGAUCUAUUUAUAGUUGCUGUCGUUGUAACACGAUUUUGGUUCCAAGUGUUGCGGGUAGGAUACCUUGUAAGCCACCGACCUUUAAAAUUGCUCAAAAUGGAAGUGUAAUUGCUUGUCAUUUGAGGUAAUCACGUUUUUUUUUAUGUAUCAUAGUAUAUUUAUUUAUAUGUUUUUUUGUUUUAUUCAUAAUAUUUUACUAAUAUAAUAAGUACUGGGCCUAGAUACCGUUUCAUAACAGAUUUUAAAAUUUAAUGUGGCUCAUAUUUUCAUAAAUGAAGUAUAUUAUAAAAUAAUAUAAGUAUAACAAGUAAAACCAUAACAAAAUUAUAAAAUCAUUGUAAUAUUAUGAUUUUAAAAAGAGAGAGGUUUGAAUUUAAAUGUCUCGAUAUGAAUAUAAUAAUUGUAUAGGUAACUAGUCAUCAUAUUAUUUUGGUGAACUAGUAUUUUUUUUUUUUUUUGGCCAAUAUCCAGAGCAAUAUUUUUUUUGGCACAUCUUGUUACAAUAUUAUUAUCUUAUAUAAGUAUUAUAUUUACAGUAAGCAACAAUAAGCUAAGGUUUGUAGGCAAACAAAUAACCUAAAUUUUGAAUGCUAUUGUUGAUAUAGUGUAAAAAUAUUAAAUUUUUUUAACAGUUUUAGAUUCUGAGUAAAGCAAGGAAUGUAUUAGUUUUACAAUGAUGUUAAUUUUUUUUUUUUAUAUUAUGUACAAAAAUUUUACUCUGAUGUAUCUAGUGUAGUAGAUUUUCUGAAAGGGAAUUUUAUCUUGAUGGUACAUUAAGAAAGUUAUUUAUUGAUUUUGAAGCAGAUUUCAUAAUAAUUGUGAAAAAUUUUAGUAAAAAUGUAGGAAUUAAUUAUUAUUUUCAAAUUGUUUUUGUAUGUUAUGUCAUUUAGUUAAACAUGUUUGAAUAGAUUUAGAAUUAGGACAGAAAACAUAUAUUAUUUCCUUUCUUUUUUUUCUAAACGUGGCAAAAUUUUCAAAACAUUUGAGCUAUUUUUAAACUAUUUAUUGACAUUUCAAUUUUGCUAUUUGUUUACGUAAUUUUUAUUCGGUAUGUACUUCUGUGGAUAAAAUUGUUAGACUAAACAGAAAUGCUUGGAAAUUGAACAAGAGGUUCUUUAUAAGUCGUACUUAGUGGUGAAAAAAUAAUUUAGUGUAAUGUAGUAUUUUUAAGAGGUAUAAAAUUAAAUUUUGACAAAAAUUGUAUAUAUUACGGUCUUUCAAUAUAUGUAUAAUUGAACUUUGCUCAAAAUCGUUUUUCCUUAGAAAUUGUUUAUUGUUGUUUACAGGUAGAAAUCAAAUAAUUGUAUGUAUCUUACAUUCCCGACUUUGUGGGAAGUAUGCUCGUAUUUUUUUUUAUUGAAUAUUUUAGUUCUUUCUUAGUGAAAUGUAUAUUAAUUGUAUGUUAAUUUUCGACAGAGACAUGAUCAAGAUGUUUUCUUAUUAAAAAACCUAUAAUUAUCUAUUUCCAAUAUCUAAACAUGAAAAUUAUCUUUUCUACCUAAUAUUAUCUUAUAUUAUUAAUACUGUAUUAUUAUAAAAUCGAGAUUUUUUAAUAAUUUUUUUAAUCUUAAUCGGCUUAAAGAAUUUUAAUUUUAAACAAAUUUUAAUUAGGCAUUUUUUUUAAAUUUACCUAAAUGGGGAAAAAUAUUAUAAAAUAUUGAUUAACAUUGUUUCUAUCUUGUGUGUAAAAUAAGAACAAAGAUAUUCUGUAUUUCCACCAUUGGAUACUCUGGCUGAGUUUAGGGCAAAAGGACCUAUUAUAUUUACUUAUGUCUGACUUAAUGAUUUUUUAAAAAUAUUUUGUUAUCUUAAAAAUGUAUUAAUGGUUCAAAUUAAGAGAAAUUAAAUUAAAUUAAAACACGCAUAUUUUGACAAAACAAAAAAAAAUAAAAACAUUCAAAAAAUCAUUCAGCUUAGCCGUAGUAAAUAUUGCUUUUUAGAAUGUAUGAUUGGUUCCACUGGCAAAUUUAAGGUUUCAAAUAAAGUAGGAAAAUCUAUAAGAGGUGCAUUGUAAAAAAUGUAUCAAUAACAUAUUUACUCCCAUUUUACAAAUUCUUAAAAUAUACUCAUUUUCGAAAAAUAUUUAAAAACAAAACUGAAUAUUUUAUUAAUAAUUUUGUAUAGUAAAUAAUAUAAUUGUACUUUUUUGUUAAUAAAAUAAUACUUAACAUAAUAUCAUAAUCAAUGAAAAUAUAAUAUAUUGGUAAGGAGUAUGGACGCUCUGAUUCCAUGUAAACAGUAAAUAGUAAAUAGUGUGUAUGCGAGUAAAUAAAAUUAAGUUUUAUUUACUAACUACAAUGUUGUGUUUUAUCUAGAUAAAUGUUUUAUCCAGAUAAAUGAGAUUUAUGUUAUCUGAGACAUUAUCCGAGAUAAGUAAAUAAAUCAUCUAGAUAAAAUGUAAUAUUUUAAUAUUUAUAUUACACAAUAUGUUAAUUAGGUAAGUAUCUCCAAUUAAAAAAUAUUAAAUUUAUAUUUAUACAUUAUUAUUAUUAUAAUAUAAAUUAUUCAUUUUACAAUCACUGGUAUUAUGAAUAUACUUAUAUAUUAUUUAAAUUUUAUAAUUAUAUAUAUAUAUACGAUCUCUUGUCAUUUUUCGAUUGGAUUAAUAUUUCUGAUAGAAAAAAAAAGUUGCAAAAAUUAAAAACAAUAAAAUCAGUAACGCCGUGGUGUGUCGUAAAUAUUUGCCGUUUUUACUAUAAUCUUCUUUCUAAUUUUUCCCAAUUAUUUUGAAAAUCUCUCGGAAAAUCAAAAAAUAACCAUUUUAAUGCACUGACUAGAGAAAAUAUCUUUUCAGAAAAAGUACUUCAUUCUACACAUCGGAGCAAGAAUCUGUUAGAAAAGUUGUUUAGAGAUACACAAAAAAAAAAAAAAUAUACACAUAGUAAAACCAAUAAAACCCUUGCUACGCUCCGAAUCUAAAAAUGUUUUGUAUAGGCACGUUAAGCACGUCAUAUAAUUUAUUAUUUUUUGCGUCUAUAUAAUUUUUAUAUAUUUUAGUUUUAAGUAAUUGUUUUGUGUAUCUUUACUUCUAGUUUUUAAUUUAUUAAUGUUUAUAGUCGAUUUUAAAGAUUUUAUUUUAAUGAUAUUAUGCUGCAGAGAUCCUAAAUGGACAUUGAACGAUCACGUGAAAUCGCUGUAUUCAAAAUACAAGUGUUGGCGGAUUGUUUAUUGGACUUUGUGGUCGGAAUGCCAUUUUAUGAGAUGUGCACGAUGUCAAAACACGUAUCCGGUCAAAAAUCAAAGGUGGUGUCAAUUCCAUACGCAAUUGCCACAAUAUUAUCCAGUGGAAAACAAUAGACAUCUUUACUACCCUAAUGGUGACUUUUACUUUAUUACCAUAGAAUAAUGACACGUUGUUGGUUUGAUAAAGGUAAAGGUUGAUAAACAACCGGGAAUCUAGGCCAUUUAGACUCUUUGACUAAUGGUUCUUCUGUGGUUAACAAGAUCCUUCGGGCCAAUUAGUUUCCCUAUCAACUAGAAUCUUACUAGAACGGGAAACUACGGGGGAUUUAGAUAUCCGUGGGAAUCUGAAUGGCCCAUGAUCUAGGUAAACUGAAGUAUAUUGUUUCCCAUAAAUAUAAUUUUGUGAGAAAAUUUCGUUCCAGACAAAUAUUUUCUGACAUUAUAAAUCUCAAACAAAUUUACAAAUAUUAAAAAUACAAAUAAUAUGUAUACAAAAUGUAUAUACAAAUUAUAUUUAUAUUUCUGAUAAAAUAGAACGAUUAUUGUAUUUGUACAACUGUAAAUCCAUAGAGUAUUACUUUGAUUAAAAUCUAUAGUUAUAUAUUUUAUAGGACGUUAUCCGUGUUGCAGCGAAAGAACUUUUAAAUACGAGCCAAUCAAAAAUCCAUUUGUAAGUUUUUCAUUUUACUAUAAAGAAAAUUAACGUUAAAUAUGUUCAAUAUUUAGUAUGAUAUUUUCACUAUUUACCUGUAUAUAUUACUUUGAGUUAACAUAAUUAUAAUAAAACCGAUUGAAUUUUAAUGCUAAUCGAAUUUCGAAAGAAUGAUCAGACUCGAUAAUUCGACCAAUUAAAAAACAUAACGAAUGAUGUUUAUAUGGAAAAUAAUUGUAAAAUGAAGUUAAGGUUAUACAAUGAAAACUAAAUUAUUAGUUAUAAUCAGGGUAAAGGACCUAGCUCAAUAAAAUAGGAAAUAUGUAAGCACAACCAAUUUUUUUAAUGAUAUAAUUAAAAAAUGUUAAUCAUUUAAAAAUAUCUAAAUCAUAAAAAAAAACCAUUACUAAUUGAAUUAUAUACCAUACUAUGAUCAAAUUAAUAACAAAAACCUUUUUGUCUUAACGAAAUUGUUAUUUUUAAUUUAUAUUGUUUAAAUUAAGUAAACACUAGUACAUUUUAUUGAUAGAAUGAUGAAUUUGAUUAUUUUUAAAUAUCUUUUUUUGAUAUUUCUUCUUCUAGCAUUAAAAAAAUAACAUUAUUAAUGUAUUAAUUUAUGAUUUUAUUGAUAAUUUUCGUCCUGAUAAGGUUUUUUCUUAAUAAAUUAUAAAAAAGUCCCAAAAAGCAUUAAAAAAUAACCUAUAAAUAUUUCAAAAAGCUAAAAGACAUAAAUAUGUAACGUAAAAUUAUAAAUUUGGCUUUGUCGCAACAUUAAAUAAAUUUAUUUUAAAAUGGUCUUCUUUUAUGACUACACAAAAUAAAUAUGUAAAAUAUAAAUGCUAGAAUUCCUCUAACCUAGUUAUAAUAGUUAAUAUUAUAAUUUACGAUGAAAAUAAUUAACUUGUUAAGGUGAUUGGACAUGUCUUGAGAAGAGAGGAAUCAGAAGCAAUAAGAUGGGUACCAAAUAAACGUAAGAGGAAAGAGAGAAAGAGGAAAACAGAAAAAGAAGUGGUUGGUUUGAAAAUAGUAUGACACUCAAGGAUAGACAGUGUAUGCGAGGUAGAAGAUCAGGCCAAAUGGAAGAUGAGGAAGAGGGUAGCAGACUCUAAUAUUUAAGAGUAAAAUAGUUUACGAUUGUUAAAUACUUUGGAACAUAUUUCAUUGAGCUGGAAAUCUCUCUAUAAAAACUCUGUGAAAGGACGCAUAAAGAAAUUGUAUAAUAAUCUUCAGGUAUUAUCAUUACUGAUGAUUAAUGGUUAGCUCUUUUUUUUUAUCCGUUAUCGUUUAAUAGAUAUUUCCAUAUAAAAAAGUCGUUUAAUAUACAUUUUAAAAUAUGGUGGGUAGACAUUUAUAUGCUUUCCAUGUUGUGAAAAGUGAAGGGGGUAGAAUCGCUUAAACUUCCCUCUUCUGUGUCUACAGCCCUGUGCCAGCCAUUAUAUUAGUCAAUAAUUACCUACUUAACCUAUUUAAAUUGUUUAUUAUACGUUUUUAAAACAUAAAUAUUUUAAAACAAAAAAUAUUGUUCAUAGGUUAAUAAAAAAAAAAAAAAAAAAUGUGACGACUGAUAAUAGUAAUAAGUGUAUUAUAAUAUAUUAAGUAUCGUAUACAGUAUAGAUAUAGGUAUUUACUACUUAGUGUGUAGUACACAUUUUAAUUUGUAUAAUAAAAUAUUUUUUCACAUAACGUUAACAAUUGAUCAUUGUAUAGUAUAGGUAUACCUGUUAAGUGUUUAUUACAAUAAUUUAAUGUCUUAUAGCUCAUACAAAUAUAAACUACAACAGACUUUUCUUACUGUGUUUAAUUUGCCUAACAACUCGAAUCUAGUCUCACAGUAAUACGUAUUACAUAUUGGUUAAAGAUAUGAACUAUUUACAAUUAUUACAAGUUUAACCUCGUGGUCCACUCAUAACUCAUAAUUAAUAAGGCUCGUACGUUUUUUCCACACAAAAUCUUUUAAAUAUGCACCUAACCACGCAAAAAUUUUUAUCAAAUACCUAUAUGUAGUAAAGCAACUUUAAUUGCAUUAUAAUUACCAAAAAAAAUGUCCAAACAAGAAAUAAGUUUAUUAGGUAUUAUUAGUAAUAAUAUUUUAUUACAACGUUAAAUGUUUAAUCAAUUCACUAAUAAGUCUACAAAUUUUUUAAGUGUUCAAACCAAUUUUGUUUUUUUGAUGUUGUAUAUACUAAAAAAAAUGCAUAAAAAACCUAUUUGACAAUGUGACACUUCAAAAAAUUAAGAUUUAAACAUUUUAAAGAAAUCAAAAAUGCUCUGUAUUUGAUUAUAUGCUAAAAUAACUAAAAGAAACUCGAGAUAUGCAAGUUAUAUUAUUAAUUAUUAUAAGCAGUUAUAAAUUAUUUAUUAUACCGAAUUCUGUCAGCCGAUAGGAACUAUAUAGGAUAUAACUCUUCUAGUCACAUAAAAUUCGCAUAUUAUCAUAUUUUUUUUACAGGGUUGUCAUUAUCGAGAACACAUCCCGUUGCUUGAGCACACCGUAGAAGUGGAAAUAUAUAAACUUAUGCAAAUGUUUCCGUCUGUUACGACCGUUGACGCGCCAAUAUUUUUCUCUAAAGGAUUUACAAAACUUGUAGACGUACACGGUAGAUACCUAAUUAGCUACAUUAUAAAUAUAUAUAUAAUAUAGUUGUCAAAAUGUAUAUGGCGUCGUAGAAACUUUAAACCUACAUUUAUUUAAAUAUGCACGUUGAAAAAAAUGAAUCGUUACUUUUGAAUAGGUGAGAUGAAAGACAACGAUCAAAACACAGCUUGGACCGGCGAGCCUCAUCAUCGUUUUACUCCAUUCAUGGGUACCUAUAAUAUAAUAUUUAAUACGGUUACCUAUAGAGGAACUUGUACAGUUGUUUCCCUAUGAUAACAGAAAAGCAAAAAUCCAUGGAAGCAGUGAAAAUAAUUUUCUCAUGUGAGCUACCCGACGUGGUUUCGCAAAACAAAUCGAGCCAUCGAGGGUUAUUUUCAAUUAAGUUCUGACGUGAUAGAGUAAAUGAAGGUGGCUAAAGGCCCUAAACGAAGCAAUAUUGAAGUAUUUGAGGUUAUGUUCUAUGAUUAAUUUUUCCUUGUCAGAUGUACACGAGAAGAACUGACCUCAUUCCUCAUAUAGGGUUUAAGCACAAUGAGUUUAUGAAUGAUAUAAACUGUUUCCUAUUUAUAGUUACAAGCGAAGGAACGUCAAAAAAAUCGCAAUUUUGGUGGGACAGUAUUGUAAUAGGAACAUCGUCAAAUAGGAGACUGUCAUUAUUGACAGAAUUAUGGGAAAAACCGUUUACCAAAAGACUUACGUCACCAUGUACCAUAAGUAAAAUAUAUUUAAUAAAUUUAAUUGCAAUACUAGUAUAGUCGUACUUAUAAAUCUAUCAUGUUGUUUAAUUAAUUAUAAUUUAUUUUUUACAAAAUUAAAGAUGAUAUUGCGUACGAAGCGACCGAAGUUCCGACAAAUGAGAUACAUACAUCGUUUGGGGGAUCAUCGUUUGAAGAAGUUGAAGAUUCAUUGUCGAGUUUUAGCGACAGCGAAUCGGGUCGUUCUGAAAAAACGACUUACAACAGUAAACAACAAAAGGUCAAGCGAUCUUCAAAAGCCAUUAGAACGUUGAAACAAAGAUACAGGUAGGUCGUAGGUAUACCCAAUAAAUGAGUGUCUUUUUAAACUAUACGUUUAAAUUAAUAAUAAUUUCAGGUAUUCCGGAACUUAUCAAUGGUCGUUGACGGCACCGAUGCGUUGUAAUCAAGAUAAUCAGAGAGAAUACGAAGAACGAUGUUUCAGACAAAUUUCUCAACAUAUGUUACAUCAAAAUAAUAAUUCGAACGCAGAGUGUAGUGGAAUAUUGACUUCCAAUAACCCUAUGGAUUUUGGUCAACGAUCCGGUAAUAAUUUUUGGUUAUACUGUUAUGUAGUCGUUUUUCAUUUUAAAAAUAUACACAUAUAUACUCGUGUGUGUAUAUAUGUUUAUAGGUUGACGGAAUUUUUUUUUUUUUGUUAUCAGGUGGGUAUUUUGUAAAACUCGAAUCAGAAUUUCUAUCAAAAAUCGAUCACAAAACUACUCAAAGACCAAAUACAGUCGAUACUAAAGGACACGCGAAAACUAAACUUAAGAAAACACCUAAAUUAAAUCAAUAAUAAGGAAAAAAAAAUGUAAAAAAAUUAACUUGCUACAAUAUAUUAUCAUUAUUAUUUUAGACGUAAUUUAUUUGUUAUCGUUUAACAGGAGUCGUCAAUAAAAAAAAAAAACAAUUUAAGUUUAAAUUCAAUGUUUUUAUUCAAAUGCAAAUACACAAAACAAAAUUGUUGAAUAUAAAAUAAGAACUACAUAAAUAUAAUAAUUUACACAAAAAUUAAAUUAUAGUUGGGUAUAACCAACAAAUAUAUUAUAGUUAAAAUAGGUUGAAAUUGAUAAAUAGGAUGAAAUAACGACCUUGGUAGAUAUAGUCUAAAAUUUGAAAAUAAUAUUAUUAUAUUAUUAUGUAAAUAUUUAAGGUUACCCUUUGGUUUGGUCGCCUACUUCGCGACUAGAUAAUACACACACACGCGAACACACAUACAUUUAAACACAUAUUUUGUAUCAAUAUUAUUAGCAAAUAAUACAUAU